AUGGCGGGGGAAGUUGAAGAUCAAAGCUGCGAUGGAGUAAAAAGUGUUGAUCUGAGUCGUUUGCGUGCUAUUGUUAAGUCUCAUAUUGAAAAGCAUCAGUAUGAGUCUGCAUUAUUUUGGGCGGACAAGGUGGUGUCACUGUCAAACGGAGAAGUUGCAGAUGUGUACACAUAUGCUCAGACCCUUUUCUUAACCAAACAGUACCACAGAGCUGCAUAUUUGAUAACCAAUAGAAAAUUAGAAAAGACUAAUGCAGCUUGCAGGUUUUUAGUAGCCAAAUGCCAUUAUGAAUGUAAAGAGUACCAAGAAGCACUAGAAGUAUUGGACAGCAGUGAAACACCGGGAACAGGAGGGAUUAGAAGAAGUAUUAUUAAAGAGCAGGUUGAGUCUCAGGAUGAAAGUGGAGAACCAUUAAACAAGAUGUCAAGUUCUAUCCACUUGCUCAGGGGAAAGAUUUACGAGGCCCUGGACAAUAGAAAUCUUGCAGUGGAAUGUUUGCGGGAGGCCCUGAGAGAGGAUGUGUACAAUUUUGAAGCCUUUGAUGCUAUGAUUGGUCAUCAUAUGUUGAUGGCUAGUGAAGAGAAGGAAUUACUGGAUUCUUUACCCUUCAGUCAACAGUGUCCUGAGGAAGAAACAGAACUCAUCCGCUUCCUGUAUGAAAAUAGACUGAAAAAGUACAACAAACCCCAAGAACUGGCCAUUCCUACAAGUUUAAACAAACUCCAUGACAACCUUGACAUAGUGGUGAACACGGCAGAGAGACAUUAUUACAACUGUGAUUUCAGAGAGUGCCAUAAAGUAACUUCUAUGGUACUUGCCAAAGAUCCUUACAACAGUCGAUGUCUGCCUCUUCAUAUAGCAGUAUUAGUGGAACUUCAUCAGUCAAAUAAUUUAUUUUACCUCGCUCAUAAGUUGGUUGAUUUGUACCCAAACAAAGCAGUAGCUUGGUUUGCCGUGGGCUGUUAUUAUUACCUGGUGGGCAAGCAUGACCCCGCCAGAAGGUAUUUCAGCAAGGCUACAAGUCUUGACCGGGUGUAUGGUCCAGCCUGGCUGGCCUUUGGUCACUCUUUUGCUGCUGACAAUGAACAUGAUCAAGCCAUGGCCGCCUAUUUUACUGCAUCACAGCUGAUGAAGGGAUGUCAUCUACCUGUGCUGUACAUAGGACUGGAGUAUGGUUUGACCAAUAACUCCAAGCUGGCUGAGAGGUUCUUCCAGCAGGCGUUAAAUGUGGCCCCUGAGGAUCCAUUUGUUCUACAUGAGAUGGGGGUGAUAGCUUUCCACAAUCAGGACUGGGUUGCGGCAGAGAAAUAUUUCCAAGAUGCGCUGGAGAAGAUCCGCUGUGUGACUCCUGAUGUCAUGAUAGAGAAGUGGGAGUCCCUGCUUAAUAACCUGGGGCAUGUGUCCCGAAAACUGAAGAAGUAUGAAGAAGCUCUGGAAUACCACAGGCAGGCACUAAUAGUCAGUCCUCAGACCCCGUCUACGUAUUCCGCCAUUGGAUAUGUGUACGCCCUGCAAGGGAACUGUCAUGCUGCUGUCGAUUACUUUCAUAAGGCCCUUGGUCUUCGUCGAGAUGACACAUUUUCGACCACAAUGCUGAGUAACGCUGUUGAGGAGCUGAUGGGCGAUAUGUUUCCUUGUGACGGUCUUCCAGAUGUUUUACCUGAAUACAAAACAGAGAACAGGUUAGACUUCAGUUCUGUCUCAGAGUCCGACCAUCAGUUAAGCCAGCCCGAGGACACGCCCAUUCAGAGCACACCAGGGGGCGCUAGUGCUAGUGACACGGCAACACUGGAUGGAAGCUCAAUGGCGAUAGAAGAAAUAGAAAUGGAGGAAAAUGAUUAAAGCGAGAAAUUUUUGACUUGAUUUCAUUUUAUAUGUGACUGAAUCAUGGAUGACAAUAUUAUAGUUAUGAUUAUAGAGAGAAAUACCUGUAGGAAAUGUAUUAAAAAGAGAAGGGAAAUUCUUGGAAUGCGAAAGCUUCUCUCUUUUUUGUUUACGGAUUCUCUUUGCCCAUCUGGGUUCUUCUGAGUUUACUUCAACUCAAAUGCCACACCUCAUUUUUCCAUAAGUGACAUCUAAAAACUAUUGUAUGUGGAAUAGACCCUACCAUCCCAAUCUACAGGUAGAGAGAGUUAAAAGAGACCCUUACCUGUCUGUAAUUUAAUUGGGGGGGGGGGGGUUUGAGCUGAACUCAGUUGAGCAUAGAAAAACUUCACGUUUUGGCUCUCUUCAUCCCAGAUGUACCCAUGAAAUAUGGCACAGGUGCUGAGCUACUGAAUGCUGGGGUUUUAGUAACAUUCAGUAAGCUCUCCAAUGUGCUGUAUGCUUUUUAUAGUGUAAUUCGUCUUCAUUUAGGAAAAAAAAGACAAAGGAUAGAGAUUCGUCUACCACUCCAACAGACUACUAAUUUUUGGUAUUUUAGAGGUCGAAUGGUGUCAUUUGGUAUGGUUUAGAACUGUGAUUCAGCUAGUCAAAAUUCUAAUUACAAGAGGGGACCAGUAAUCGUUUUGGCUCUCUUCAUCCCAGAUGUACCCAUGAAAUUUGGCAGAGGUGCUGAGCUAUUGAAUGCUGGGGUUUUAGACCCCAUUUCCAGAGAUUAGAUCGAUCUACUUUAGAUCGA